ACGUUCGACAAAUUUACGGUUGGAAAAUGUUUCUACCUGGAUUAUUUUUUAUAAACAAUUACAAAAAUCAUAAAUAGUUUGUAGUCGAUUAUUAGAAUUAUUAAUCGAUUAAUUGUAGUCGGUUACGCACGUCACUAGUCCAUGUCACAAACUCACAAAUUAUAAAAUAAAAUAAUGUCUUUGGGUCAUCGUGGGACGCUCUUGGUUUCGUGCUUUGCAAACUCUUUUUAUAAAUAUUAGUUCCAAAGAGUUACGGAUUAUUUCAAAAUGUCUGGCAUAGCAAGUGCACGUUUAGCUGAAGAAAGAAAAGCUUGGCGAAAAGACCAUCCCUUUGGUUUUGUGGCGAGACCUAUGAAAAAUCCAGACGGUUCUUUAAAUCUCAUGACAUGGGAAUGUGCUAUCCCUGGAAAAAAAGGGACGCCAUGGGAAGGAGGUUUAUAUAAAUUGCGAAUGAUAUUUAAAGAUGAUUAUCCAUCUAGCCCUCCAAAAUGCAAGUUUGAACCACCUUUGUUUCAUCCAAAUGUAUAUCCUUCUGGUACAGUGUGCUUAUCAUUACUUGAUGAGGAAAAAGAUUGGCGUCCUGCGAUUACCAUUAAACAAAUACUUCUUGGCAUUCAAGAUCUUUUAAAUGAGCCUAAUGUUAAAGAUCCUGCACAAGCUGAAGCAUAUACAAUUUACUGUCAAAAUCGGUUAGAAUAUGACAAACGUGUUCGAGCACAGGCACGUGCCAUGGCUGCUACAGAAUAAACUUAAUAUCUUUAUAAGUAAGGCACCACGGUUAUUCUGCAACAGAACAUCAUAAAUUAAAACACACCAAAUAAAACAAUUCAGGAAGAUUCUGUACUAUAUUCUUAUUAUGAUAGAUGUAUAAUCUUUUAAUAAUAAAGUGAGUGUGGAAAUUGGUAAGAGUAAGAAGAAAAAGGCAACAAAAGACAAAGUAUGCAUAAUUGAAAUAGAAUAUAGUGUAAUUUUUUUCCAAUUCUUGUUGUGAUGUUUUCCGUGGUUAAUUUUUAUACACAAACUUUAAAUAUUUACUGAUGGAAUUUUGAAAUCAUCAACCAUCAGUUAAUAUUUAAGUGUGUUAUCCUAAAAGAAAACGAAUUCAAAACUCCAAUUUUAGCAUCUUUAAAUAUCGUUUGUGAGUACUACUCACAUUCUAGAAUUAUGGACUUGUGUAAGUAAGGUUUUAUUUAUUUGUGAACUACUCACAUUUGUCAUCAUUCUCAGUAUUUAUUCCAAAAUAAACACAAAAUAAUUGCUUUAUUCAGAACAGCUACAAAGACUUUGAUUAUUAAAAUUUGUUUACAUGAUAUGUAAAUAUGUAUAUGCACUACUUUUAUAACAUCAAAAAAAAAUAGCAGUUAUUAUGUUAUUGCAUACAUAUGUACUUCAAAGAGAAUCUGAAUAAUUAUUUUAACUUUUUGUAUCUCUAUGUUAGGCUCAUAAACAAUAAAUAAUUUUUCU